ACUGAACAGGAAGUAACAUGUUAUAGGGAAGCAUCCUACUGGUUUUUGUGAGGUGUGUAAGACACCUGAAACCAUAGAACAUGUGCUUAUAAAUUGCAGAAGAUAUGAAGCACAAAGGAGGAAAAUGAUGGGAGAAUUAAGAAAAGGAGGAUUGGGUGGAGCAGGGAUAAAAGAUGUAUUGAAAAGUGGGAUGAUUGGGCAAGGCAAGAAAAGCCUUCGGAAGUUCCUAGCUACUACUGGUUGGCUGGGUAGAAUAUAAGGUGUGGAGGAACUGAUCUGGAAAUGGAGGGGAGAAACUGCGAAGGAGAAUCGUCCAGAAGGUGGCGGUAGUGCAACACUGACGGAUGCAAGCCGCCGUUAAACUCCAAAGAAGAAGAAAAAGAAGAUGAACAGGAAGUAGUUUUAGUUUCGUUAUUAAAAGUGCAUGUUAACAUAUGCUUAAACUCUUCUUUCCAGGAAGUACAUAGCGAGAAGAAUGCGAAAGUAGAAUGUGAAGAAAGAAAUGUGUUACAGCGACGUCUCAGCCACGGUAUAAAGGAAUAUCAGUUUGGAAGAGAAAUUGUGUUGAUCCAGGGUUCAAGUGGAAAAAGACUCCUUGAAUAAUGGGGCAACAGAUAAGUGUGGAAUGUGGCGAGUCUGGACCCCACACCUAUGAAGACACAUGGGGAGGACAGCUGCCUCCAAUCCCUGAUGCAGUGCUGGAGGAAGUGUUUUUUAAUAUCGAAGGCCAGGAUGUAGUUUGUGUCUGCCGGCUUGUUUGCCAGCAGUGGAAGGAAAUAGUUGACAGCACCUCCUACUGGAAAGGGAGGUGUCGGCGGGAAGGACUUAAACCAUACAAUCACAACAAAACUGCUAAAGGCUGGUGUCAAUUUUAUAUCCUAAGUAAGAGGAGGCAGAACCUGCUGAAGAACCCCAAGGCUGAUGAGGACUUCAGUGGCUGGAAAAUCAUCAGUAAUGAAGGUGACAAGUGGAUAAUCGAACCUGAAUCUUCAUUCCCUGAUGAACGGGUCCAAAAAUACUUUGUUACCUCUUAUGGCUCCUGCAUAAAAUCCCAGCUAAUCGACCUGAGUGAAGAGGGUUAUGGACCAUAUCUAAUGGAUGAGAUUCAGCCUGAUAUCGUAAUAUCUGACUGGUAUUCUCCCCGCUACGACUGUGGAAGUCAAUAUGAGAUUUGUGUUGAGCUUCUCAACCGCAAACGCAAAGUGAUUAAGCGAUUCCGUCCAAAUCGUGUAGUAUUCCCUGCGUGGAAUGAGAUGCAAUGGCAGCAGAUGACCCAUGUGUUCCGAAAUUACGGGCCAGGCGUCCGCUUCAUCAAGUUCACUCAUGGAGGACGGGACACCCAGUACUGGGCAGGGUGGUAUGGGAUCCGGGUCACUAACAGCAGCGUGGAGAUUGCCCCCCCUGGGGAAAUGGAACCACCUGGGCCAUAAUAAUUAUGAUGUAUUUAAUAAAUGUUUGCUAUAUGCGCUUAUUGACUUACCCUAAAACUACCUUUUUGUUUUGUGAUAAAUUGAACUACUACCAUAGUUAUAUAGUGAUAUAAAAGGAAAACAUUUGUUUUUGUCUAUAUACAGUUGUUCCUUGGUUUGUGAGCAUAAUUUGUUCUGGAAACGUGCUCGUAAUCCAAAGCACUCAUAUAUCAAAGUGAAUUUUCCCAUUAAAAAUAAUGGAAACUCAGAUGAUUCGUUCCACAACCCAAAAAUAUUAAUAUAAAAAUGAUUAAUACGAAGUAUAAAGUAAAAAUACAUAAAACAAAUUAACCUGCACUUUAACUUUGAAAAGAAUCAUGGCUGGUGUGAGGGAAACGAGAGAGGAGAGAAGUAGGGUUAUUUUGUAGGACGACUUUCACUAUAACUAACGGAAUCGCUGCUAUCUGUUGGUUCACUGGAAUCUUUUUCUUUUUGUGCGACUUUAACAAGGAACCUAUCCAAUGACAGCUGCUUUUGACAUUGCAUUCUCAUUAAACACUGUACUGCUAUGCCCUUAUUCAGGUGGUGCUUUUCUACUAAAUUGUGACUAUACGAGUGAGGCAGGCCGACUGAGACCGAGCAUGGGGGACGAUUACCCACAAUCCCGCAACGAGCGAGAGAGAACCACCAUCGACUCAGUUGUGAUCACGUGAUGCUCGGUAGACAAAGUGUAUACGUGAUACUCGUAUUGCAAGACCUUGCACGUUUAUCAAGUUAAAAUUUAUUUGAUUUUUUCUCGUCUUGCAAAACAUUCGCAGACCAAGUUACUCGCAAUCCAAGGUUUUACUGUAUAAUGUAUUGAAGUGUUUCAGAAAUCAUAAAUGUAAUUUUAUUUUAAAAUCAUACAUAAUCUGUUACAUAGUAGAUCUAUCCAUUGAAUAUUGUGUAUGCAUUUUCUGUACAUUGUCUGUCUAUGAAAAUCACAUAACUUUUAAUAAAAAGCUUUUGGCUAACAGA